AUGUCUAUCAUAGCGAGAAAAAACCUAUUGAAACUAGCAUGGAAUAUUCAAUUGAAAUGUGUACGACAUCAUCGUGUUAUUCCAAUGCCAGAUCCAAUGCCCUAUACAACAGCUAUAUGGAGAAAAAGAUAUCCGUAUAGACAUAAAACACAAUUUGAAGUUACGCAUGACGAAGUUUAUACGAAAGAUAUGGAAUUAAAAACAUUAGAAGAACGACGUCAAGAAUUCGACCCUCAACCAAUACGUGUUGAUAAAGUAAAUAUUGGUUUUUUAUCACCCACGAAUCCUGUUUCUACAUCAGAAAGUCGUAAACGUUUUGAACAUUAUGCUAAUCAACGAAAUCGAGCUGAUUUAAAAAAACUACAUUACGAUGGUGCUCUUCGACUUCCAAUCGAUGAGGUCCAUGAUGAUUGGUUGUCAAGUAGAUAUUUUUCCGAAAACCUUCGCAUGAUUGCUGAUCACUACGGUGUUUUUGAUGAUUUGUUCAAGCAUGGUUAUUUUGUUCCUCGUAUACCAUUAAAUGUAAAUUAUCCGUACGAUAAUGAUCAAGUUACACCUAUUUAUAGUGGAAACCGACUUUAUGCGAAAGAUGCAAGUGAAAAACCACAAGUUAAAUGGAAAAGUACAAAUGAGUCAAAUGAAUAUUAUACACUAAUAUUUACAAAUCUUGAUGGACAUUUGAAAGAAGAUAAUGCUGAAGUUCUUCAUUGGUUUGUAGGAAACAUUCCUGGAAAUCAAAUUGAUAAAGGUGAAACUCUAUGUACAUAUUUGCCUCCAUUUCCUCCUAAUGGCAGCGGAUGGCAUCGAUGCGUGUUUUUGUUAUAUAAACAUCAAAAUGGGCCAAUUAAUUUUUCAGAAUUAUAUGGACUACUUCCUGAAAAUAGUGUUAGUCUUGAAAAACGUACUUUUCGUACUUUUGAUUUUUUCAAUAAACUCUGUUCGCAUCUACGACCGAUUACCUUAGCUUUCUUUCAAGUUGCAUGGGAUACGAGUGUUAAAAAUAUAUUUCAUAAUAUAUUAGGUAUGAAAGAACCUCGAUACGAAUUUGAUUUUGAACCACGAUAUUUACCUCCACAACAAUUCAGCGUUGAAAUGGCACCAUUUCAUCGUUAUCUUGAACAAUAUCGCGAUCGAAAAGAUGUUAAUGAAGAAGUUAUUAAGCAUUAUUUAAAAAUGACAUGUCCAUUCAACGGUUAUCCUAAUGUGCCAAAAUAUCCAUUAGCAGCACCUAAUGAAAAAUGGGUACCUGACUGGUAUAAAUAUGAAUUAGUUAAAUAUCAUAAACGACAAGGAAAAUGGAAGAUGAUGCCAUUCUAG